AUGUUUGAAUGGACUAACAUUUUUUCCUCCUUUUCAAGGCCCUCUGAUCAGACUCCUGACGCUGAUAGAAAUGAUGUGAGCAAGGAUUUCAUUGAAAUUCCAGAACAAUUUAUGUGCCCAAUUUGUCUUGGAGCAUUCGUAGAUCCUUGUACACUUUCAUGUUCCCACUCCUUUUGUAUUUCGUGUGUCAAGGGUUCUCAUGAAUGCCCGAUUUGUCGGUCUCCAUUAAGGGAGGAACUUUGGUUGUCAAAAAGUGACCAACUCAUGGAUCAAAGCAUUCUAAGGUCAAUGAAUGAGACUCAAAUUAGAUGUCAUUGUGGAGCCGAAAUAUCAAUAUCUGAGGCAAAUAGUCACGCUUCUAAAUGUUCUUACUGCAGAGAAGACGAUGUUCCAACUACAGAAAACAAGCUGAUUGCCUCACUAAACAAGCAAGGCUUUUCUAAUAAUCACCAACAAGACCAAAGCGGUACUAACACUUCUAAUACUCGUUCUACUUCCAACUCUAGUGGCCCUACUUUUGUGUGUCCUCUAUGUCUCAUGAACUCCAAAAUACCCAAUAGCUCCUGCUUAAAAUAUAAUGUAGAGUCCUUAAUCAGCCACUGCGAAACUAUGCACAAAGACGAAUAUUCGGAAUCUCAGCAAGCAAAUGAUCAUAUGACCACUAUGUGCCCUAUUUGUGUUCAUAUUGGAGAUGAAAAUGCAGAGGUUGAAUGCAAAAACUUUCUACAACAUCUUAAAUCAAAGCACUUACUCAUCUCCACCUUUUUGGCCGCUGCCAGAGCAUCUUUAAGUGCAGGAAGCCCUGAAACCAGGUUCCAACUUCUAGAAGAUAUCCUCUUCCAGUACGCACUUAGUAGAUCCAGGUAUGAAAGCUGUAUCCAUCCGGGAAGCAAUAAUUCCCAAUCUUUUGGAAGCUCUGUAAUUGAAAUUAUUGGUUUAGAUGAUGAGCAGGAUAAUUCUGAAAUUUUUCAAGAUGACAAUGAUAUUCAGGAGAUUUCCUAG